CAGGUAUCAUUUCCAAAGUACCCGCUGUCCCGGAGAUACUGGUGACUUUUAUUUUCGAAAAGCAAAAUUUUCGAUCUUUUUUCGGUAAUAGUGCAAAGAUAUUGGUGUCAAUGUUAUUAGUAAAGUCGGAUGCUGCAUUGAAGUUCAUUCCGUCCGUAAGGCUGAUCAACAAUCUAAGCCUUCGCAAAGGAAGUCGCACCGGAAACUCGGGCAAUCCGCUGGAAUUUCAAGUUCUCACCCAAAUUCAGUACGUUCCCUGAUAGAACAGUAACCGUGCCACGUUACCUGUCCACGCCCUGAACAGUCAAUCGCAGCAAAUUAGAAAAACAAACAAAAAAAUGGUUCAAGAUCAAUCGAGAAUUCGCAACACCACUGGCUCGAAUGGUGGCACAAACUACCGCCAGCAAGAGAGCAAAUCGGCAAACAAUGGAAUUAACAAAAUGAAAAUGACCUCCUCCGCUGGGUCCACAUUUGGCAGUUCUAAACCCAUGGACCAAGGAAAGACGAACAGUUCGGCUGCCUGGGGUCCAUACUUUAAAAAUCGCGAUCAUUUCGUCAGUAUGCACUUUUCGUAAAUCUGUGGAAGCGUUCAAAAUUUUACACGUGUUUAGUUAUAAGCAAAUUAUUACUCAAUAAAGAGUUUAAAUUGGCAAAACUUGCUAUGAAAUGACUGACAUUCCGAUUUAUCCGUGUGUAGGAAGAUACAAGAUUUGGCUAAAUAAGAAAAAGCACUAAAAAGCCAAAUGCAUUUAAAGAUUAAGGUUUACUACACUGCUAGCAACUUAGCUACAAAGCUUGAUCAAAGUCAUAAAGUUAGAGUAUGUAAGAGUUAUAAAUGUGCACAUAGAAACUGUUUAGAGUGUCACGUUGUUAACUUCAGUGAAAUAAAUCUUUGAACUGAGCAAAUUUCAGAAAAUUA